UUUUCGCGUGGCGCCGUUAGGAUUUGUGUUCCUUAUAACGUGUGUGUAAUCAGUAAAAAGAAAAAAGGAAGCACAACUACUGAAAAACCAAAGAGGCGAGUCACUAUAGUCUCCCCCUUCCCACGUGCACCUCCCGCCACUUCCCCGCUCCGUGGCUGCAGGAACCCGAGGGAUAUUGGUAUCAACUUGACAGAUCCUGUAUUCAGAGGAAUUUAUAGGGGGGUUCAAAAGCAUCAAGAUGACUUACAGGAUGUAAUACAGAGAGCUGUCCAAAUUGGUGUUAAAAAGUUUAUGAUUACAGGUGGAAAUCUACAAGACAGUAAAGAUGCACUCCAUUUGGCACAAACAAAUGAUAUGUUUUUCAGUACAGUUGGAUGUCAUCCUACAAGAUGUGAUGAAUUUGAAAAGAAUAACCCCGAUAUUUACUUAAUGGAGUUGCUAAAUCUUGCUGAAAACAACAAGGGGAAAGUUGUAGCAAUAGGGGAAUGUGGACUCGAUUUUGACCGACUACAGUUUUGUCCCAAAGAUACUCAGCUCAAAUAUUUUGAAAAACAGUUUGAACUGUCAGAUCAGACAAAAUUACCCAUGUUUCUUCACUGCCGAAACUCACAUGCUGAAUUUUUGGACAUAAUGAAAAGAAAUAGAGAUCGGUGUGUAGGGGGAGUAGUACAUUCAUUUGAUGGUACCAAGGAAAUAGCAGCUGCUUUGGUUGACUUGGAUCUCUAUAUAGGAUUUAAUGGUUGCUCACUGAAAACUGAGGCUAAUUUGGAAGUUUUGAAGUCAAUACCUAGUGAAAAAUUAAUGAUUGAGACUGAUGCACCUUGGUGUGGAGUCAAAAGUACACAUGCUGGUUCAAAAUAUGUAAAAACGUCAUUUCCUACCAAAAAGAAAUGGGAAAAUGGGCACUGUUUGAAAGACAGAAAUGAACCUUGCCAUAUAAUUCAAAUAUUGGAGAUAAUGGCAGCAGUGAGAGAUGAGGAUCCACUGGAAUUAGCCAAUGAGCUAUACAAUAAUACCAUUAAAGUAUUUUUUCCUGACAUGUAAUUGGUAUGUAUUUUCCAUCAUGUAUGUGAAAUUUCAUGGUAAAACUUAGUUUCAAUAAAGGAAUUCUCUGGAAUUU